AUCCACUGUAUGAAUACGCGAUGUGUUUCGGUUGUGAAAGUAGUGCUCCUUGCGUGUAAAUAUUCUCGAUAAAAUGUCCACGAAAACUGGCCUCCUUACGGCAGUGCAUCAUGCUAACUUUCCCGGCACGUUGGCAGCAGCCCGCAAGUACGCUCUUGGAACGUUGUACGUGCAGUUACAUCCUCGCUUCACGGACGUAAACAGAGCCACCGCUUUUGGCAAGCUGAUUGCCAAUGUUUACCAAAGUUCACCGCGAGUGCUCGGUGCAGGGGUGGAUUUAAGAUUUCUCGUUAGCCCACUAAAGUCGAAAGAUUUCGUUCCGCUGAAGCGAAAAAUUGACUAUCUUUUCUUCGACUAUCCAAUCGCUUCGGUUGAACACACGGAAAAUAUUUUGAGGUUUUAUGGCGAUUCUAAAGUCGUUGAACUGGGAAGCAAAGCAUUUUCAAUCGAUGCAACUGGUUUAUGCGAACCAACGAAAACAUUCAAAAAUGUGGUGCUAGGGGGUACCUUUGACCGACUGCAUGCUGGUCAUAAAGUUUUACUAACGCAAGCCGUGUUGUUGGCCGAGGAACGGUUAGUAGUGGGCGUUACUGAUGAUAACAUGAUUAAAAGUAAAAAACUGUGGGAGCUAAUUUUACCAGUAGAACAACGAAUAAAAGAAGUUCGUCAUUUUCUAGAGGAUAUUGAUUCAACGCUAAGAUAUGAGGUAGUACCCAUUAGUGAUCCGUUCGGUCCAACGGCUAAUGACCCAAAUAUGGACAUGAUCGUGGUCAGUAGUGAAACUGCUCGCGGUGGUGCUAAAGUAAAUGAACUGCGUAACAGUAAAGGGCUGAAUCAACUACAAACCCAUACAAUCGAAUUGCUUGACGAUGAGUCGACAAUCGAUGAUAAAGAAGACAAAAUUAGCUCUAGCAAUCAACGAAUGGACCUGCUCGGUGCUCGUUUGAGACCACGUGAACCUAAGCCACACCUAAGUACUAACCCAUACAUAAUCGGUUUAGUUGGAGGAGUGGCAUCCGGUAAGAGUAAAAUGGCGGAAAGAUUUCAAAAACUCGGAGCCGGAGUGAUUGAUUGCGACAAGAUUGCUCAUGAAUUGUAUGAACCAGGAGAAAGUUGCUACCAAGCAGUGGUCAAUAAUUUUGGUAUCGGAAUUCUAAACGAAGAUAAAACGAUCAACCGUAAAUCAUUGGGUGCAAUUGUUUUCUCGGAUCCGGAUAAACUGAACUUGCUCAAUACCAUCCUGUGGGACGCGAUCUUAGCAAGAGCAAAGGAACGAAUUGCGGAGAUGUGUGAUAAAGAAAACAAACAGGUUAUUAUAAUGGAAGCUGCCCUUCUACUUCGUGCUGGUUGGCAAGCAGCUUGUCAUGAAGUGUGGUCUUGUUUUAUUCCAAGGGAGGAAGCCAUUAAACGGUUAACCGAAAGAAACGGGCUCAGUGAAGAGGAGGCUUCGAAGAGGGUCAACGCACAAAUGAGUAAUGUAGAACUGGUAAAACAUUCCGAUAUUGUGUUCUGCACCGCUUGGAGCUACGAUUACUCACAACAGCAGGCGGAAAAAGCAUGGUCUACGUUAAUGGAUGAGUUGAAACAAAAAUUGUAAUCGUUGAUUAAUUUUGUUCGUUGUUAAUGGGUGUUUUGGGUGAAUGCUUAAUAGUAAGCUGUUUUUAUUCAAUAAAGUGAUUAUAAUUUAGGUAAAACUCUACUUAAAUUUGUUAAUUGAACAGUUGGUUUUAAACUAAAAUGCAAG